AUGAGUGGAGCGGCUCUCAUGGAGCGAGAAGUUUCGCAGCAGAAGUCCCUCGAUAUGGCGGAAUUGGGGGUGGAAGAGAAUAAGACUGAAAUGGAAAAAAUUAACGAAAUGGAUCCGACUGCCGAUAUUUCCUCGGAUGAUGAAAAUAAGGAGAACAUUCCUCCGGAUGAAGAAAACCAAGGCAAAAUAUUAUCGUCAAUGAUUUUCAUUUUUGCGAGGAGAAAUCACGAAUUACAUCCCAAGUCUUCGACAGCUGUACUUGCGUGGCGUCGCGAUUUGAUUGUUCUGUGA